AACCCAACCCCAGUCACAAGAGACCAUAGUUUGACUCAAGCUCUUCCCUUUUCUGUUUUCAUUUUUCACUCUCACAGUGCAAAUUCAAUUCUACAAACUUCUUUUUUCUCUCUUCCAUUUUUGUCUCAACCAUUAUCGUAACAAGCUAGCACCAAGCAUCAACAACGCCGCAUUGAUUUCCAGUUUCUGUAGUUGAAUGAUGGGUAAUGAGGCUUUUGAUAAGCUAAAAUUUUGUGGUGAUGAUGAUAUUUCUUUGUCACAAAGGUUUUCACAGAAGAGUUUGAGAACAUGUAUUACUAAAUGUGAUGAUUACGUUAAGAAGAGGAAUACUACACUGCCUGUUAAGAGGCUAUUGAAUCAAACCGAUUCCUUGCUUAUUUCUGUUAAGAAAUCAAAGGUGUCGCCAUAUCAUGAUCACAAUGAAGACGGAGAUGAAGAUGAUAUUCUUUUGUCGGAUUUAAUUAAAAGGCCAGGCAAAUCAACCCAUAAAUCAUUUUCCUCGCUGAAGAAAGACCUUGCUAUGUUAGAAAAAUUAUUUGAGGAAUGCAAAAGGAAGGUGCAAGUAGAUGAGAAGAGAUUUCAGUCUCUAAAGAGAGAUAUUGGGCAUUGCAAGAGGAAGAGGAAAGUAGAGGAGAAGAGAUUGCAGUCCAUAAAGAGAUAUGUUGAGGAGUGCUGUAAAGAGCUUGAAAAUAAGAAGACACAGGUCAGUUGUGUUAGAAGAAUUGACGAGGCUCAUGAGAAAAUGCAGGGAAAAAUUGAAGAAUGUAUUAAGGAUUUUGUAGUGAAGGAAGGGAAGCUCUAUUUGAUGGACGACUUGAUUGGAGAGCGCAAGCAAGAGCUCAAGACAAAAGAGAUAGAACUUAAUCAAGUCAAUGGUAACAUUUCAAAAGAGAAGCAAUAUAAAAAACGGGUGAAGGAGCUUGAGUCACGCGAGAAACACCUUGAAGGACGAGUAAAGGAUUUGGAGUCAAGAGAGAAACAGCUUGAAGGACAGGAGAAGGAAUUUGAAGACCAACUGAAGAUGUUGAUGAAUGAACUUGUAUCUAAAAAAAUGCUGUUCGAGAGACAAUUGAAGAAUCUCGAAACCAAAGAAAAGCAAUUCGAAGAACAAAAGAAGGAGUUCCAGUCAAAACAGGAGGAAUUUAAAGGUCAAGUGGAGGAGCUUGAAUCAAAUGAGGAGGAAUUCAAAGGCCGGGUUAAGGAGCUCAGUUUAAAAAAGAAGCAAUUUGAAAGACAAGUUGAGAGCUUUGAAUCAAAAGAGAAGCAAUUUGAAGGACGGUGGAAAGAACUUGAGUUAAAAGAGAAUAAGUUCAAAGUACAGGUAAAGGAGUUCAAGUUAAAAGAGAAGCAGUUUGGAGGACAAGUCAAGGAUCCUAAGUUAAAGUUGAAAAAAUUCGAUUUACGACCGACGAAGCUUGGGUCAAGGAAAAAAUAUAUUGAAGAAACACAAUCGGUUGCAUCUUUAAUGGAUUAUCAAUUAAGUCACACCACUGGCGAAACAAGUUUGCAGUUGGACACAACUAAGAAAACUGAUGAAGUUGUGUCACUUUACAAUGAUAUUUUAGCUAAUUUGCUAGACUCAUCAGAUCCAUCAAGACUUGUUUUGGAUAUGAUACAGAACCCUACUAUUCAAUUGUGUAAGAAGGGAGACAAUGCUGUGAUUAUUGCUGAUUACCAUAUUUAUUCGCUAGAACAACUGAUGAAAAUCUCACCUCAUAUUAAACCUUGUGUAAGAGAAGAAGCAUUGAAGCUAGCAUUUGAUUUGAAAUCUAACAUGAGUGAAAAUACUAAAAAUUCUUUGGUGGUUCUCGGUUUUCUUCUGCUUUUGUCAAUUUAUGGAUUGGUUACUUCUUUUGGUGAAGAUGAAGUUUUGGAGCUUUUUGCAUCUGUUGCUCAGCACAAGAUAGCUAUUGAACUGUUUGAGACCCUGGGUUUUGCAAAUAAAGUUUCUGGUUUUGUUAAGAAUCUUAUUAGGAAAAAACAAUUUGUUGGAGCUGUUAGAUUCAGUUAUGCAUACAACUUGGCUGACAAUAAUCAACUAGUUGAUCUCUUGCGAGAAUUCGUCCAGAAUGCCAAACUGAUUUGUGAGAGCAGUUGCAAGAAAAUCAACUCCAUUGAAAUCAAGGAUAAGGCUAGAGAUCAAGAAAUUGCUAAUUUGGGGACUGCUCUGCUGUGUAUUUCGGAAUGCAACCUAGAAUCUGAGGUUCUGCUUAUAAAGGAAAUUGACUAUCGCAUUCUUGAGCUAAAAGGACAUAAAGGCAAUUAGGUUUUGUAUUGUAGGAAUGCAACCUAGAAUCUGAGGUUCUGCUUUAAUUAUAUAACCACUUAAACAUCUUUGUAACGAAACUGUCUAUUUCGUUUGAAAUAAAAGAUGGGAACGAGCUCGAAACAAAUAAGAAAUCCAUCUCGGUCUAGGUAUAAAUCCUUUCUUUAUGUAAUAUUUAUCGGAAUUAUCUCUGUUGACUAAGACUGCUUCAUAGAUCUGCAGUCUAUGUGGUUUAAAAUUCUCCUAUAGUUUUGCCUUGGUGUGUGUUUGUAACUGAAAUUGAAAUGCUAAUUUUAUCAUUUUGUCU